UCUCUGUUCUCUGAGUUGCAGAGCAUGGCUUUUCAAAUGUGGGUUCUCUUUCUGGGUGCUCUCUUUAUGGUCUCCGGAGCCAUGGGAGGUACUCCAAGACCACCUGCACCAGUCCCAUUUGGAAGAAAUUACAAGCCCACAUGGGCUUUUGAUCACAUUAAGUACUUAAAUGGUGGCUCGGAGGUUCUUCUUAAUCUCGAUAAAUACACUGGUACUGGUUUCCAAUCCAAAGGAACAUACUUGUUUGGUCAUUUCAGUAUGCAAAUAAUGUUGGUUCCCGGAGACUCUGCCGGAACUGUGACUGCCUUCUAUCUCUCGUCUGAAAACUCGGAGCACGAUGAAAUAGAUUUUGAGUUCUUGGGGAACAGGACAGGUCAGCCCUACAUUCUUCAAACAAAUGUGUUUAGUGGAGGGAAAGGUGACAGAGAACAGAGGAUCUACCUCUGGUUUGACCCAACCAAAGCUUACCAUUCCUACUCUGUUCUCUGGAACUUGUAUCAGAUAGUGUUCUUCGUCGAUGACGUUCCAAUCAGAGUGUUCAAGAACUGCAAAGACUUAGGUGUAAGAUUCCCAUUCAACCAGCCAAUGAAGAUAUACUCGAGCCUGUGGAACGCAGAUGACUGGGCGACUCGUGGUGGUUUGGAGAAGACGGAUUGGAGCAAGGCACCCUUCAUAGCUUCCUACAGAGGGUUCCAGGUGGAUGGGUGCGAAGCAUCGGUGGAGGCCAAGUUCUGCGCCACGCAGGGCAAACGUUGGUGGGACCAGAAGGAGUUUCAAGACCUCGACGCCUAUCAAUGGCGGAGACUGCGCUGGGUUCGUCAGCAGUGGACCAUUUACAACUACUGCACUGACAGGUCUAGGUACCCUACUCUUCCUCCUGAGUGCUCCAGAGACAGAGACAUCUGAUAAUCUACCCUACACAAUCAAUUCAUGGAGAUUCAUCUAUAUAUACGUAGACAUUAUUAUAUAAAUGAUUAAGCUUGUCAGUGUAUUGAAUAAUUAUUAUUCAUUCUUCUUUUU